UCCGAGGUGGAAGGUCGCCUCUCAGUCCGUUUAUUUUUAACGGUUUGUUGACAAAUUAACGCAAAGAAAGAAACUUUUAUAUGAACAUUAGUAUUGACUUUUUGAGUGGAUAAUAAAGUGUUUUUGUGACCAUGGCGAGUCAACCCGAAGUCGGCGUGUCCGACUUCGUGCUCUUGGACAAUUUGACUCCUGACAAGUUUAUUGAGAAUUUGCAUUUGAGAUUCCAACACAACAAGAUAUAUACAUACAUCGGCGAGGUCCUUGUGUCUGUCAACCCGUACAAGACGCUCGACAUCUACAAUGCCCAGCACAUGGCUCAAUACAGAGGCAGAGAGAUGUUCGAGGUGCCUCCUCAUGUGUACGCUGUCGCGGACGCGUGCCAACGCGUGCUUAGACAACAGGGCAAAGACACAUGCGUUCUCAUAUCCGGCGAAUCGGGAGCAGGCAAGACAGAGGCAUCGAAGUUCAUAAUGAAGUACAUCGCCGCCAAUACCACACAGGUCCACAGGGAUUACAUAGACAGAGUCAAGAACGUGCUCAUCCAAUCCAACUCCAUCCUGGAGACAUUCGGCAACGCGAAGACCAACCGCAACGACAACUCGUCCCGGUUCGGAAAGUACAUGGACAUCCACUUCGACUACAAGGGCGACCCCGUCGGCGGGCAUAUCAGCAACUACCUGUUAGAGAAGAGCAGAGUCGUCAGUCUGCAGCAAGGAGAGAGGAACUUCCAUGCCUUCUAUCAGUUACUGAGCACAAACAACCCACACACGAAAAAGUUCGGCCUAGCGACGAACGCGCAGUACAAGAUCUUGGGCAGCGAGCGAGCGACGUCACAAGAUUCUAAGCUAUAUUCUCUAACGAAUAGCGCCUUUAAUGCCUUGGGCUUCGCGCAGUCCGUGCUUGAUGAUAUUUGGAGUAUCGUCGCUGGAGUCAUCCUGUUGGGCGAGCUAACAUUUACCGAAACACAAGACAACCAGUUAAACAUCGGUGGUCCAGUGAAACAGUGCGUGGCCGCUCUCGGGGUCACAGAAGAAGGCCUGCGCGGGGCCAUGGUGGGCCGCGUGUUGUCCGCCGGCGGAGACCUGGUGUCCAAGGAGCAUUCGCUCAGCGACGCUAAUUAUACUAGAUUGGCGCUCGCUAAGGCGGCUUAUGAUCGUCUUUUCACAUGGAUUGUACAGCAGAUAAACCGUGCGAUCGAAGUCCCAGCCGGCACUUACAAGAACACCCUGAUCGGAGUGCUCGAUAUCUACGGCUUCGAGAUCUUCGAUACCAACAGUUUCGAACAGUUCUGCAUUAAUUAUUGCAACGAGAAGCUACAACAACUCUUCAUUGAACUGGUGCUGAAACAGGAGCAGGAGGAAUACGCCCGCGAGGGUAUCCAGUGGACUCCGAUCCAGUACUUCAACAACAGGGUCAUCUGCGAGCUGGUGGAUGCUCCGCACCAGGGCAUCAUCUCCGUCAUGGACGAAGCCUGUCUUAAUCCUACUAAGAUUUCCGACACACAACUAUUAGAGGCACUCGACAAACGGCUGGGCUCACACAAACAUUACACAUCGCGGCAGCUCGCGCCCACAGACAAAAAACUCAAACACGGAGUUGACUUUAGAAUCACACAUUAUGCGGGCGAUGUGACCUACGCAAUCACUGGCUUCAUGGAUAAGAACAAGGAUUCCUUGUGGCAAGACCUCAAGCGGCUGCUGCACUCAUCUUCCAACGCUUCGCUCGCUGACAUGUGGCCCGAAGGCGGCGCUCACAUACAAAAGACAUCAAAGCGACCUCCGUCCGCAGCGACUCUGUUCCGCAACUCGAUGGCAGCGUUAGUGACAGGGCUGCAGAGUAAAGAACCCUUCUACGUGCGCUGUGUCAAGCCGAACCCCAUACAGUCACCUAACGCCUGGGACGACCAGCUGGUGCGUCACCAAGUAGCGUACCUGGGCCUGGUGGAGAACGUGCGCGUGCGGCGCGCCGGGUUCGCGUCGCGGCAGCGCUACGACCGCUUCCUCAAGCGCUACAAGAUGCUGUCGCAGUACACCUGGCCCAACUUCCGCGGCGCCAGCGACAAGGACGCCGUCAUGGUGCUGCUCAAGGACCUGCAGGUCACCGAUGUGCAGUUUGGACAUACGAAGCUCUUCAUCAGGAGCGCGAAAACCCUGCAUGGUCUAGAAGCUGCGCGCGCGGCGCUCAUCCCUUCCAUCGUGGUGCUGCUGCAGAAGCUGUGGCGUGGCACCCUGGCGCGCAUGCGCUACAAGAAGAUGAAGGCCGCGCUCACCAUAUACAACGCCUGGAAACGUUACUGCUACCGGCGCUACAUCGCCGCCAUCCAGCACGAGCUGCGCCGCAACCGCAACGUCAUCAGGUCCUGGCCGCCGGCCCCGAGGCGGGUCAACUCCACCCUCAUACAGGCCGCCUACCGCCGCUGGAGGGCGUACCUGAUCCUCGAGCCCAUCCCGCGCGCGCAGUGGCCGCAGCUCAAGAUGAAGAUCUGCGCCGCCAGCGCGCUGCGGAGCCGGCGGAGGGACUGGGGCGCCGCCCGCCAGUGGCUGGGGGACUACCUGGCCGACGACAAGUAUAACCCUAGAGCUGCCGUGUACCGGUCGGCGCUGGCGUCCCUCCAGAAGGCGCAGCAGGCGGGCGCGGCGCUGUUCUCGUGCCGCGUGCACAAGUUCAACCGCUACAACAAGCUGGCCGAGCGCUGCCUGCUCGUCACGGACCACAGCAUCUACAAACUGGACGCCAACACCUUCAAGGUGUUGAAGAAACCUACGCCUAUCACUGAGGUGGGAGCGGUUCGUGUGAUGAGUUCAGACGCGCAGUUAGUGGUGAUCAGCGUGCCGCACGCGAAGAACGACCUCGUGAUCGGGCUGGCCUCCGACUUCGAGCUCGUCGGCGAGCUCGUGGGCGUGCUCGCCAACCGGUAUCACAUGCUAACGGGUUCCGAGCUGUCGGUGGAAGUGGAGAGCGGCGCCACGACGCGCUGCACGCUGGGCGGCAAGCCGCGCGCGCUGCAGCUGCCCUCCUCCCCCGCCACCCCCGCCACACCCGCCACCGCCCCUCCCUUCACGCACGCACACAACGUCAUCACCUACCAUCCCGCGUCGGCGAGAGCGUAAACCGGAGAUAUUGCACUUUUUUGGACCACCCGAGGCGGUAGUAAACAAAACAAAAUACGACUAUGUGUAUUCCUAAUCAAAAUUGAAAAUGGUAAACUUUCACUUUCGGGCGUGUAUUUCGACUGCAUCCAUACAUUUUCACUCGUAACAUUUAUAUGCCCGAAAAAAAGCAUUUGUAAUUCUGGACGUCGAUCGGUAUAUUAUUUCUUCGUCCCGCUCUCGUGUGUUCAAAAAAAUGUUGACCGUAUUGUAAGCAAUAGUGAUAUGGAUUGUAAAGUAAUUUGUAAGUACCAAUAAUUUAUUCGAGUGAUAAUAAUAAUAUUAGCCCGCUGCCUUAUUUUAUGAAUUAUUAAUUUUAAACCGUCCGGGAACUUUUUCAUAUGUUUAAUAGUACCUCGUAACGUGACAGCCGUGAAACAAAAUUUAUGAAUUAUGUUAUGAAAUUACAAAAUAUUUUUAAAGGUACGGCCCCAUAGAGUUAGCACGACUGCCGGCUCCAAAAUAAAUCUUCCUUUCUUAGUGCGCCACGCACGGUAGGCGUGGCUUUCAAAGGUUAAAUACUUCUUGAUAGAAGUAUUUCGUGCAAACUGUUGUGCUAACUCUUUUAAAUAACUUGUUAAUAAUUUAAUUAUGACUUUCCUGUUAAAUAGCAUUUAUGUGAAUAAUGAUUUCCGAUGAUUUAACUAAAGGCAAUUAUAUUUUUAGAUGUUUUUAUUGAUUUAAUUGUAAUUAAUUAUUUUCUUUAUAAGUAAGUCAUUACUUAGUUAUAUUUAAUAUAUAGGUAAAUAGCUUAUUUACUGUUUUACACAAUAGCGCCUACUUAAAGGAACGCACAAAAUACCAGGAAUAUUUAUUCUUCCCUUUGACUGCCUCAGAAAGGUUGCAGUAUAAAAUUAGCCUAAAUACGUUCUUAAAAAGUUUAUUCUUGCGUGUUAUGUAAAAUAAACUAAAACAAACGCGGCGGUCAAAGGGUUAACAACGACGACCUAGUCUUUUAUUACUUAAUUAUUGUUUUUGGCCAGACAUUAUCAAAAAGUUACAUUUAAGAGUAAAGGAAAAAUAUUAUGAUUUACUAAAUUAUUCAUAGGUACAGAGUGACGGAGUAACUGAUUUUGAGUGUAAGCUUUAGCAGCUUGUCAAAUGUUAACCUGAAGGUUUUUUUGUUAAAAUUGAUACUUAGUAUACUAUAUCCCAGAUACUAAACUGGACGUUCGAGUGGCCAAUUUACUAACCGAUCACCUGUAGCCGUGCCACGAGUUGAUACUUAACGUUUAUCGCAAUAAAUAUCGUUAACUCGUGUUAGCCGUGCUUUUGUUUCAAUUUAGUACUAAAAUUUUGGCAAUUGGGUCAAUCAAACUAUGUAUUUUAGUAUCUGAGAUAUAAUUAUAACACGUUUAACGUAUGAUGUAUGGUCUCUGGUCAGUAAUAUUGUGUGGGCGGCGGUGCGGUACGGUGCGGUGCGGUGCGCCGCGACGUUUAUGUAUAUACGAGAAUAAUUCGGAUGUGCCUUCGUGUGGUGCCAUGAGUUUAUGUAUUGAAUACAAUCUUUUACCUGA